AUGUCGACGCGAAUUCCUCUUCUUUAUGGUGCUGCUCUGUUUGGUCUACCUGGCCCAAAUUCCGCUGGAGCGCAAAUUCACACCAUUGAAGACGCCCAGAAGGCCGUAGACGUAUUCGCCAGCCAUGGCCACAAACAAAUCGAUACUUCUCGUAUAUACGGAGCUGGGAAAUCAGAGGAGUUCAUCAGCCAACUCGAUCUGAAAGGAUGUACAGUGGAUACAAAGGUCAAUCCAGCUGCGCCUGGGGACUUCGCGCCAGACAAAAUUCAGGCGUCGCUUGAAAUUUCUAUGAAGGCGCUGGGGAAGACGAAGAUCAAAACAUUCUAUUUGCACAGACCAGACAGGAGCGUUCCGAUUGAAGUUACUCUUCGAGCCAUCAACGAACUUUACAACAAAGGUCUCUUUGAGGAGUUUGGGGUGGCUGAGAUGGUUGGCAUAGCGAAAGCCAACGGAUGGGUCAGACCGACUGUAUAUCAAGGAGUCUAUAAUGCACUCGAACGAAGAGUUGAAACAGAGUUGUUGCCCUGCCUUCGGCACUAUGGGAUACGGUUCUAUGCGUAUAGUCCAUUAGCGAGCGGUUUACUUGCUGGGAGGAUUCUUUCAGAAGCGGACAUGCGAAAUGGUAGAUGGGAUCCCAACAAGUCUCGAGCUGCAGGUUUUUUUCGCGCAAAAUAUUCGCUUUUCAUGCCUAUCCUGCGAGAAUUGAAGGGUGUGCUUGACAAACAGGGGAUUCCCAUUUCCGAAGCUGCUAAUCGUUGGCUUCAACAUCACAGCCAAUUGGAGUCUAGUGAUGGCAUUAUUAUUGGUGCCAGUAACGUCGACCAACUCGAGAAUAAUCUGAAGCAACACGAGGGUGGACCACUUCCUGAUGAUGUCGUCAAGUCGCUGGAAGAUGCAUGGGGACAAGCCAAAGGCAUCGCCCCGCACUACGCGCUUUGAGUCCUAUCCUGUCAGAACUGUAUAGUAGCCUUUGGAUCGCCGUAAAUUCAUAAUAGUUUACCUUUUUGUCUCUGAUCGACGCCAAGGUUGAGGUACAUUGAGGUACUCAUUGUUGGCGUAAGUUCAAGAUUUUAGAUCGUCGCGUUGGACACAAUGCACGGUGAUGGCGAGACCCUGAAGAUCCUUCUAGGGAGCAUGUUCAGGAAACGCAAUGAGCAAAGAAUUUGGGAAUCGUGUUUUUGUAAUGAACUGGCCAUGGC